AACCGGCCGCGGCGGGACACCUCGGCGUGCGUAGCCUCCACGCGGGACCGCAGCUGCGACGCUGCGUCAGAUCGACGCGCGGCGACUCCGCCCCCCACCACCUCGCGGCCUAUAUAACUCGCCCCUCGAAUCGCCGGCCCGGCCCCUCCUCCCCGCCCGCGCCUUCCACCACGCUCUGGAAGCUGUUGCUGUCCGCCCCUUUCUCGAGAGCCGAGAACCGAGAGAGAAGCUGGUCGAGAGAUGGCCGGGGAGAGCUGCGUCCCGCGGCCCCUGUUCGGCGGCGCCAUCUCCACCGCCUUCCCCGCCCGCUUCCAGGACGUGAGCAACAUCCGGGAGGUCCCCGACCAUCAGGAGGUCUUCGUUGAUCCAGCCCGCGACGAGAGCCUCAUCUUCGAGCUGCUCGACCUCAAGGGCGAGGUGGACGAUGCAGGCAGCGCGCUCUGGUUCCUGCGCGACAUCGCCAACGAGCAAGACGCCGCGGACAACUUGGUGGUUGAGCAUUCUGGGACACUCGAGCUAGCUGGUCUGCGUCUUGGAGAAGCACCUGCAGUGGCUGGAACUUCAGUUGGCCAGCUGGCUGUCUCAAAAGGGAGGCAGGGAAGAGAAGCGCAGAACAUUGUCCGACUUUACCUGGCAAACAUACGUAUCAAAAAUGCAGCAACUGAUGUGCUUAUCACCGCAUACGAGCCACUGUUGAUAAACCCCUUGAGUGAAAGCGCCACCGCAGUUGCAGCUGGUCCGGCCAUACCUGCUGAACAAGCUGGAUGCUUACCAAUGUCCGAGAUCUUCAAACUUGCCGUGAUGAAUUUCAAUGUGCAUGAUUGGAACCUUUUCAAUGGUGGUCCUUGAGACAGAGUGGGUAUCAUCUACAAGUUCCAUGCAGAGCAUCUGAGGAAUAUAUUUUCCUUGACCAAAGACUAGUGCCUGUUUUCUUGUUUUAGAUUGUGCCAAAGUAGUGUGUUAAAAAUGCCCCUAUGAACAUUUAUCUUGGCAUCAAUAGAGUCUGUCGUGCUAGGUUUUAGUGGAAUGUAGUCAUUUGGUACUUGUUAGUUACUUGAUCAAUGAAGCCAGGUGCAGAUCUGUUCUUUUCUGUUAAAGAUGGGCCAUUUGAAUUAAGAGAUACAAAAUGGAGCUAUUGAAAUUCUAAGGAAAAUAUGUUCUGAAAA